GCCGCCACCAGCACCACCGCCUCCUGAGUUCCCCCUGGUGGAUGCACGGCCCCGGUCGGUCGCUCCGCUCCUCCUUCCCGCUCCCGGCGCAGAGGGGCCCGAAGAGGCCGGAGGAGCGGACUCGGGACGGGAUUUCUGAGGAAGGGGAGAGGACGGGCGCCCCACCCGCUCGGAGGGUGGGGGGCUCGGUGAACGAUGAAGGGCCGGCGGCGGCGGCGCCGGGAGUACUGCAAGUUUGCGCUGCUGUUGGUGCUGUACACGCUGGUGCUGCUGCUCAUCCCCUCCGUGCUGGACGGCGGCCGCGACGGCGACAAGGGCGCCGGGCACUGCCCCGGCGUGCAGCGCAGCCUGGGAGUCUGGAGCUUGGAGGCGGCGGCGGCGGGCGAGCGCGAACAGGGCGGGGAGGCGCGGCCGGCCGCGGAGGGGGACGCGGGCCAGCCCCCCCGGCCCCCGGGCAACCUCAGCGGCGCCGUCGGGGAGGCGGUGUCUCGCGAGAAGCAGCACAUCUAUGUGCAUGCCACCUGGCGCACCGGCUCGUCGUUCCUGGGCGAGCUCUUUAACCAGCACCCGGACGUUUUCUACUUGUACGAGCCCAUGUGGCAUCUAUGGCAGGCGCUGUAUCCGGGCGACGCCGAGAGCCUGCAGGGCGCGCUGCGCGACAUGCUGCGCUCGCUCUUCCGCUGCGACUUCUCGGUGCUGCGGCUGUACGCGCCGCCGGGGGACUCCGCCGCGCGCGCCCCGGGCGCAGCCAAUCUCACCACGGCCGCCCUCUUUCGCUGGCGGACCAACAAGGUCAUCUGCUCGCCGCCGCUGUGCCCCGGCGCGCCCCGUGCCCGCGCUGAGGUCGGCCUCGUCGAGGAUGCCGCCUGCGAGCGCAGCUGCCCGCCCGUGGCUCUACGCGCCCUGGAGGCCGAGUGCCGCAAGUACCCGGUGGUGGUCAUCAAGGACGUGCGCCUCCUCGACCUGGGCGUGCUGGUGCCCCUGCUGCGGGACCCCGGCCUCAACCUGAAGGUGGUGCAACUUUUCCGCGACCCGCGGGCCGUGCACAACUCGCGCCUCAAGUCCAGGCAGGGGCUGCUGCGCGAGAGCAUCCAGGUGCUGCGCACCCGCCAGCGGGGCGACCGCUUCCACCGCGUGCUACUGGCGCACGGCGUGGGCGCUCGGCCCGGGGGCCAGGCCCGCGCCCUGCCCGCCGCACCGCGCGCCGACUUCUUCCUGACCGGCGCGCUCGAGGUGAUCUGCGAAGCCUGGCUGCGCGACCUCCUGUUCGCGCGCGGCGCGCCCGCCUGGCUGCGGCGCCGCUACCUGAGGCUGCGCUACGAGGACCUGGUGCGGCAGCCGCGCACCCAGCUGCGCCGCCUGCUGCGCUUCUCCGGGCUGCGCGCGCUCGCCGCGCUCGACGCCUUCGCGCUCAACAUGACGCGGGGCGCGGCCUACGGCGCCGACCGACCCUUCCACCUGUCGGCGCGCGACGCCCGCGAGGCCGUGCACGCCUGGCGCGAGCGCCUGAGCCGAGAGCAGGUGCGCCAGGUGGAGGCGGCCUGCGCUCCAGCCAUGCGCCUGCUGGCCUACCCUCGCAGUGGAGAGGAGGGCGAGCUGGAGUCGCCCGUGGAGGAGGAGAAGCCGCCUGAGACCGAGACCGACGGUGCCACGUAGCCCCUGCCCCCCCCCAACGCGCGUCCCCGGGACGGAUCCGGGUCAGCCAGCACGCAGCGGGGCACUCAGCAUGUCGCCCCAGCACGGGGGAGGCAGAGAUGGGGACUCGGCUUGGGGACCACCCGCUGCGCAGCUCUGCGGAGCAGGAAUGUCGCCAGCUAUUAAAUGACGACCGACACGUUGGUUGAAACGAAGUUUUCAGUAAGGAAGUGACAGUACGUACGAUGUGGAUCAUUAGGGCUGUACAGUAGGAAACGCUUUCGUUCCCAGCCUGCACCUGCCUCUGCUGGAGCUAUUUCAACGCGGUGUUCUCAGAACACAGAGGAGACGUGAUCGGGUACCAUGUCCCAUCAGCAGCGGGUGCCUGGACAAAACAUCAGUGUGAAUAAGGGCCGAGUGCAGUCCUGUGUACCUUGAUUACAUUACUUAAUAUUAAAUAACAGGUCUGAGUGCUGUUAAUUUAAACCGGACUCGUUCAGCUCUUUUUUGAAGAGCUCCCCCUACACCUGCCCCUAAACCAAUUUUUAAGAAGUGAUUUCUCUCCCUGGGGUGGGAGAACCCUAACGAGCUGACACGAAUUUUCACUUUCAAGUUCUUUUGUCUGGUGUUUGUGUAAUUAAUACUAUUAAAUGACUCCGGAGUCCAUGUUAA